GUGGAGCGACUGGUCUUUCGGCUAGCUGGCCAGCCAGUUCUUCCCGACCCCCAGCAGCUGCGCUGGUCCCCACCUCCCGCCCCCACGCUUGCGCACUCUGUGCAGCUGGUAGGACUGGAGCCGGACUUUCCCUACGGCGGACUACACUUCCCACAAGCCCCUACGCGGUUUCCUUCCGGCUUCCCUGCUGCUGUCGGCUGGGAGAGCUCUGGUUUGUUUUGACUCUGGAGUUCUCCAACAGAAAUAUUGAAAAGGACUAAACCAAUUCUUGCCGUUCUAAAACCAUGGCCCAUGGUUCAGUGACAUUCAGGGAUGUGGCCAUAGACUUUUCACAGGAAGAAUGGGAAUUCCUGGACUCUGCUCAGAGGGACUUAUAUAGGGACGUAAUGUGGGAGAACUACAACAACUUCCUCUCACUAGCAGGACCUUCUGUUUCUAAACCAGAUAUGAUUACCUUAUUGGAUGAAGAAGGAAUGGUCGUGAAGGAAAGAAUAAAAAGAUCUUGCCCUGAUUUGGAAUCCAGAUACAGGACCAAUACUUCAUCUCCAGAAAAGGACAUUUAUGAAAUAUAUUCGUUACAGUGGGAGAUAAUGGAAAGAAUUAAAAGCUAUACCCUUCAGGACUCCAUUUUUAGAAAUGAUUGGGAAUGUAAAAGCAAGAUUGAGGGACAAAAAGAACCACAGGAGGGUUAUUUUGGGCAGGUGAAAAUUACCUCUGAAAAAACAACCACGUACAAAAAGAAUAAUUUUCUUGCUGAGUAUCAGAGAAUUCAUAAUGGAGAAAAAUUAUAUGAAUGUAAGGAGUGUAGUAAGACCUUUAUUCGUCGAUCAACACUUAGUCAACACCUACGAAUUCAUACUGGUGAGAAACCUUAUAAAUGUAAAGAAUGUGGACAGGCCUUUAGACAGCGUGCACACCUUAUUCGACAUCACAAACUUCAUACUGGUGAGAAACCCUAUGAAUGUAAGGAAUGUGGGAAGGCCUUUACUGUGCUCCAAGAACUCACUCAACAUCAGAGACUUCAUACUGGUGAAAAACCUUACGAAUGUAAGGAAUGUGGAAAGGCCUUCAGAGUACAUCAGCAACUGGCCCGGCAUCAGAGAAUUCACACUGGUGAGAAACCCUAUGAAUGUAAGGAGUGUGGGAAGACCUUCAGACAGUGUACACACCUCACUAGACAUCAGAGACUUCACACUGCCGAGAAGCUCUAUGAAUGCAAGGAAUGUGGGAAAGCCUUUGUAUGUGGCCCAGACCUUAGAGUACAUCAGAAAAUUCAUUUUGGUGAAAAACCCUAUGCAUGUAAGGACUGUGGGAAGGCCUUUAGAAUAUGCCAACAACUUACUGUUCAUCAGAGUAUUCAUACUGGUGAGAAACCCUAUGAAUGUAAGGAAUGUGGAAAGACUUUCAGAUUAAGGCAGCAACUUGUUCGCCAUCAGAGAAUUCAUACUCGUGAGAAACCCUAUGAAUGUAUGGAAUGUUGGAAGACCUUUAGUAGUUACUCCCAACUUAUUUCACAUCAGAGCAUUCAUAUUGGUGAGAGACCCUAUGAAUGUGAGGAAUGUGGGAAGGCUUUCAGACUGCUGUCCCAACUCACUCAACAUCAGAGUAUUCAUACUGGUGAGAAGCCCUAUGAAUGUAAGGAAUGCAGAAAGCCUUUUAGACUGCUCUCACAACUCACUCAGCAUCAGAGUAUUCACACUGGAGAGAAACCUUAUGAAUGUAAGGAUUGUGGUAAGGCUUUCAGACUUUAUUCAUUUCUUACUCAACACCAGAGAAUUCACACUGGGGAGAAGCCCUACAAAUGUAAGGAAUGUAAGAAGGCCUUCAGACAACAUUCACACCUUACUCAACAUCAGAAGAUUCAUAAUGGAAUUUAAUACAAGAAAGCUUUCAAAUGUGCAUUUUGUUACAAAACACCAGUAAAUCCAUUUUUGAGAAAAUACACUUACAACUAAAUGUAAGAAAUUUUCUAUUAGGGAAGGAAUGUGUUGCUUUGAGCCUUCCAUCACCCUUCAAACAUUGUUUAUCUUCAGCAAAUUCCUUUGAGAGAAUAAUUUAAUGAAUGUAGGAAAAUGUUUAGCUUUUAUCUCUCAUCUCCAUUUUGCCACUUUACUACCAUUGUGAUAUUGAAAAAGAUACUAAACUUUUGUGCUCAUUUUUAAAAUUAUGAUAGUAGUACUUAUUUAUUGCUGUGUGAUAAAUGACUAGAAAACAUAGUAGCUUAAAAUAAUAUACAUAGGUUAUUUCACAGUUUCCAUGGAUCAGGAAUCCAGGCAUGACUUAGUUGAGUCCUUGUAGUUACAAGGUUACAAAGUUUCAGCCAAGACUAAGGAUCCGUAUCCAAGCCAACAAUGCUUGAAUUCAUUUUCUUGAGGGCUCUUGACGGAGAUCCUCAGUUUCUAGUUGACUACUGGCUGAAGCUGACGGAAGUUCCUUGCUAGAGCCACCUCUUCACAUGACUACUUCAUCAAAGUGUGCAAGCCAAGAAGGCACCUACUAGCAAGAGGGAAGUCUGUUAGCAAUAUAGACAUGAUGCAUCUUGUGUUAUCUAAUUGUGGCAGUUACAUCUUAUCGCCUUUGCUACCUUUUACUGAUAGAAGUAAAUACUAGACCAGCCCACACUCAAGAAAAGGGGAUUACUUGAGAGUGAAUUCCAGGAGACAGGGACCAUUGGGAGCCAAUUAAGAGUCAGCCAUUCACACUGUGUAAUAUAAUCAUUGUAAGCAUUAAGUAGUUAAUACUUAGAAGAGUAGCCAGUCACAUAGCAUGUAUUCUGUAAAUACUGUCUAUAAUUGAUAUUAACAUCAUUAGUAUUAGUGAAUUCUUAUGGAAGAUUCUAUAGGAGUAAUAAGUAUAGAAAUGCCUCCUGUUACAUCUCUGCACUUAAUAAAAUGAAAAUAAUUUAUUCUAGUAAAAUCUAGAUUAUAGUGAAUAUCAGAAGUUCUUCAUCACUUGAUCUGCAUCAGAAAUUUCAUGCUGAAAAGAACUGUAUGAAUUUAUCAGAAUCUUUUCUGAUCCUUUAAAAAAGCAAAUGGCUUAUUAGAAUCCUUGUUGUCUGACCAGAAUUCAAGAUAUAUCACAAACUCUCAAAAAAGAUGGCAUAAAAGAAACUAACCAGUUGGGAAUUUAAAUGUAUGUGUAUAUGUGUGUAUGUAAAACUUAUAUAUAAAAGAAAAUACCAUUAUAGUCAGUAUGCUUUUUGAUGCUUAAAUUGCCCCAUCUUCAAUUAGUUUUUCAAAUUGGGUGUUUUGCCAGGUGUGGUGGUGCAUGCCUAUAAUCUCAACAACUUCGGAGGCUGAGGCAGGAGGAUCAUAAGUUUGAGGCCAGCCUCAGCAACACAAAUUAGGCAUUUUGAGAUAGCCCCACAAAUAGUAGUUAGAUAGUUUAUGACUUGGUUAUGAUUAUACGGUUUGUCAGCUGUGCAAGAUGCUAUGACACGAUCAUCAUUCUUAAAAUCAUUAAAUUGUGAACCAAAUUUCAGCAUCACCAAAAAUUCAUCAAAUUCAAGUGGGGAUCGCUUCUCGGCCUUUUGGCUAAGAUCAAGUGUAGUAUCUGUUCUUAUCAGUUUAAUAUCUGAUACGUCCUCUAUCCGAGGACAAUAUAUUAAAUGGAUUUUUGGAAAUAGGAGAUGGAAUAGGAGCUUGCUCCGUCCACUCCACGCAUCGACCUGGUAUUGCAGUACUUCCAGGAACGGUGCACCCCCCUCUCGGGGGAAUUAUACUGGUUUCAAAAAAAAGACCUUAACAAUAUUAAGCUAUGAAACAACAGCUUCACUUGUUUUUUUUAUCUUGUUUUUCUGCUGGAGGCAUACAUUACCCAUGUUAGCUCUAUUUUAAGUAUUAGGACUCAGUGUAGGGUGUUUCAGUAACUCACCGAGGACAGGGAUGGAUGUCAUACUAUAUUUGGGUCAUGUAUAAAAACAUGAAUUUUAUGUUUUGGAGCUUCGCCAUAGUCUUAUGGAUACUGGAAGAUGUUGAGUGCUUCUCUCACUCCACAUUGGUCCUUGAAGGUCUUUCUGCUAGGAAGUUUCAGCCCAGGCUAACAUCAUCCCUGCAUUCCUCAGUGUGCUAUUCAGAAAAUAUGUGUCAAGGCCUGAAGGUAGAGCCAUAAAAGGAAGCAAGAUUCUAAAGAGUUUACCUGCUUAGAGAGAAGGGGGCUGCUAAACAAGAAGUUACAAAAAAAAAAAUUCAAGUGGGUAUUGUUUUAACUUAAAAAGUCUAAUCAAUAAAUUCAAAAAGAAUGAUAGGAUUAGAAAAACUAUCAUUGUCUAGACUCUAAUGGAAUAAUAGGACCUGAAAACAGUGUUCCAUGGAUAAAAAGACUUUUAGUUGAAAAACUUUAUAGUGGAUUUAUCAUACUGACCACUUCUGAAUCCUUUGACCAAUUUUAGCCUUAGUCAAAAUGGGACUGUCAUACAAUGUCCACCUCCUGGUGGAAUCCAAUAGGAAGUACACACUACCACCUGUGAGGCCUUCUUGCCAAAACAGUGAACUGAAGGAAUCAUACUUUUGAAUCAAACUGUUAAGAUUUUGGGAAAGAUUGAAUAAAAUCAGUGUCACCAUGAGGAAGUCACCAAUGAGAUCCAGAAUGUGUAAAAUUCUACAGAAUAAAUGCCCUGAUUUUGUCCACUAACAAGAGGCAUGAAAAACAAAGAGGAGCAACCCUUACUAAUAGAGUAGGAUUAAGAGUCACAUCACUAAAUUCAAUGUGUGGGAAUUACUUGGAUCUGGUUUGAACAACAUGUUAAAAAAAGGUUUUGAAGACAGUGAAGGAAUCAUGGACAUGGACUGAAUGUUACAUAUAUUUAGAAAUAUAACUUUGUUAGGGAUGAUAAUAUCAAUGUGGUUACUAAUCAAAUAUCCUAUGUGUUAGACAUAUUUACAUAUUUCUGAUAUUGUAAGAUACAUAGAUUUACAUUGAAAUAUUCCAGCAAAAGAAAGAAUGGCAAAAUGUUGGUAAUCAUUGAAGUGCAGCGAUUUGUUUAUGGUGACAUUGUUUUAAUAUUUCUACUUUUGUAUGUAUUUAACAUUUCAGUAAUAAAAUAUUUAAAAUCAAAA